AUGUCAACCCCCGCCAUGGAACGAGAAGUAUCAAAUACCACCAAUACCACCACGGCUUAUGACGAUAAACCUGCCGCCCACCAGAUCGAAAGAGGAGGGCGUCUGCCACAUGUCAUUGAAGCUGAUGAGCUGGCGCAGGAGAAGGAUGAUGCUGCCAAGGCGUUAGAGGGACAAGAUCUUGACUAUACCGAUGAAGAAGUUAAGAGAGUCAAGUUUAAAACAGAUUUCAUCAUCGUUCCCCUCAUGCACUUGGGUAUUGGUUGUCUCCUCGUCGAUAAAACCGCACUCAAUGCCGCCUCUACUCUCGGAUUUCAAACUGAUUUGGGCUUGCACGGUUCACAAUACAGUUGGGCAGUGUCUAUCUACUAUUUCGGUUUACUAGGAGCUACUUACCCCGCUACUCUUCUGCUUCAACGUUAUCACGUCGGUCGGGUACUUGCUACUGCGUAUAUCAUCUGGGGUGGUCUUAUGCUUUGCACCAUGGCCGUCAAAAAUUAUCACGGUCUUCUUGCCAUUCGUUUCAUGUUGGGGAUCUUCGAAAGUACCGCUGCGCCUGCCUUCACAGCGACGACGGCUCGUUUCUACACUCAAUCUGAACAACCUAUACGAUACGCAAUGUGGUCCCUCGGUAACACCCUCAUGCCGAUCCCCUUCCUUCUUCUAUACUUCGCCAUUGGUCAUGCUCCCUCACAUCCCCUCGCAGCCUGGCGUUGGAUCUUCUGUCUACUUGGAUUGUUCACCAUCGCCCUUGGAUCAGUCAUGAUGUUCGUUUUCCCUGACAAACCUUCGACUUGCUGGUGGUACACUGAACGACAACGGGCGGUCGCGGUCGCUCGGAUCGCUCGGUCGCAAACGGGUAUCAAAUCCCACCUGUACAGAAAAUAUCAGAUCGUCGAAGCGUUUACCGAUGUCAAGACUUGGUUGUUCGCGUUCUUAUUCGUCUUCCAGCAACCUGCCCCCGGUAUCGCGUCGAACUUUUCGGGUGUCAUCAUCAAAGGAUACGGAUACACCGGAUUGAAGGCCUUGUUGUUGCAAAUCCCUUCAUGGGCUGUGCCAAGUGUGUUCACUCCUAUGUGCGGGUACUUGACAACUCAUGUCAAUUGGUUCAAAACGAGGAAAUGUUUCGUCAUGGUCUGGCUCGGCAUUGUCAGUCUCAUCAGUGAGAUCGUGUUGUACAAAAAGCCUCCUGUUCCCGGUGCCAACAAAGCUGUUCCACUCGCUUUCAUGUCAUUACUCUCCAUCGAUCAGUCAGCUUACCCCCUUAUCCUCUCCCUCAUCGGUCAGAACAUCUCCGGAACCACCAAAAAACAAACUGUCAUAGCCAUCACCUUCGUCCUUUACUGCGUCGCCAAUAUCUGUAUCCCUCAAUCUUUCCUUGCUAAACAAUCACCUAGAUAUCAAGACGGUAUCAUCUUUGUGAUCGCCUCUCAAGCCAUGUUCAUCACUCUUGCUAUCGUCUUCUGGAUUCUCGCUACGGCGGAGAACAAACGUCGGGAGAAAUUGGAUGAGGGUAGGGUAAUAGGGGCUGAUGAAGAUAAAGAGAUUAUCCUUUCUGGUUUGGCGGAUGAGACGGAUAAACGUAAUCCGAGAUUUAGGUAUUCACCUUGA